GACGAUCGCUGUUAAAACUACUAAAUAAAAUCCGAAAGGAUCCCUGCAAUCAAGAAUGGAGCAAAUGACUUUACGUGGAACACUAAAAGGCCAUAAUGGCUGGGUAACGCAAAUUGCAACAACACCUCAAAAUCCCGACUUAAUUCUUUCAGCCUCCCGAGAUAAAACACUUAUUCAGUGGCAGCUGACAAGAGAUGAUCAAACAAAUUAUGGGUUCCCAAAAAAAUGUUUAACUGGGCAUAACCAUUUUGUUUCUGAUGUAGUCCUUUCCUCAGAUGGCCAGUUUGCACUUUCCUGUUCGUGGGACAAGACAUUGCGUCUUUGGGACCUAAAUCAGGGAAUUACGACUAAGCAAUUUGUUGGGCACACAAAGGAUGUUUUGAGUGUUGCAUUUUCAGCUGAUAACCGCCAAAUUGUAUCUGGCUCUCGUGAUAAUACUAUUAAGUUGUGGAACACUCUUGGACAAUGCAAGUAUACAAUUCAAGAUGAAAGUCACUCAGAGUGGGUUUCAUGUGUAAGAUUUUCCCCAAACACACAAAAUCCAAUCAUUGUGUCAUGUGGCUGGGAUAAAAUGGUCAAGGUUUGGAAUUUGACAAAUUGCAAGCUCAAGACCAAUCAUUUUGGCCACACUGGUUAUUUGAAUGCUGUGACUGUUUCACCUGAUGGUUCUCUUUGUGCUUCAGGUGGCAAAGAUGGCAAUGCUAUGUUGUGGGACUUGAAUGAAGGAAAACACUUGUAUACUCUUGAUGGCGGAAAUGUAAUCAACGCCUUGUGCUUUAGUCCCAACAGGUACUGGUUGUGUGCUGCAACUGGUCCUAUGAUUAAAAUUUGGGAUUUGGAAAUGAAAUCUGUUGUUGAUGAGUUAAAACCCGGAGUAAUUGGUAUUAGUACUAAAUCUAGAGCUGCUGAUUGUAUUUCAUUAGCUUGGUCAGCUGAUGGCCAAACAUUGUUUGCAGGGUAUACUGAUAAUCUUAUCCGUGUCUGGCAAGUAACACGGUCUUCUCAGUAAUAUUUUACUGAAA